CUAAAUCUGUGGUAAUGCCAAUGGUUUUGGAAUGGGCACAUAUGGGUGUGAUGGUCGGGUGUCCACAUACUGGCCAUGUAGAGUAUGCGUGUAUUAGCUUGUCUUUCUCUUUAUCCUUUAUUUAAGGGAGACACCCCUAUUUACAUCCAUAUUCCAAAGCCCUUAGGUCAUAUUUCCAAUUCGUUUCACAGUUAGUGAACCAACUACUGAUUUCGCAUGAGAUGCUCCUUUAAGAACUGAAUGCACAAGUGCAGGGCCUGACAUCACUUUAACAGCAUGAUGGGGUGAAAUCUAAUCCCCACAUACCCAGCAGCCUGAAGGGCCAUUCCACACAUUGAGACGUGAGGAAAAACAACAAGAACAGAAACACUGUCCUUUUGUUUAACUUUUCACUAAAUAUUAACACAAAGCUUCCUGAACAGACUGCAGCUUUCAUCCAUUUUUCCUCAGAAAAUAUCUUGUUUCUUCUGAUUCCCCCCCAUUGGUUAUUUGAAACACCAUGGUCUAUUAUUAGCCAUGUUGCUUAGCAUGGGGCACAGAGGGUUCAGUAAACAGAUUUCUCUCACUCUCCCUCCUUCUCCUUGCACUAUCACAGACACAGUGUCUGUGUGUGUAUGAAGUGUAUGUAAUGGACGACUUGCCUGUUGAAGGCAAAGAACACUGCAAGCAAGAUCUCUGAUAACCUGUCCCUGCCUUUUUUAAAAGAUGGCUUCCAGACUGUCUGUAGCUUAAAGGAAACCCUUGAUUAAGGUGAAACAUUUUUUUUUUUUUAAAGAAGAAAAACAAAUCCUCAUCAAGAAGCAGAAUGGACCUGAGAGCUAAGCAUGGUCUGAUGCUGUUGGAACAGCUGAAUCACAUGCGUGAAGCGGAGCAGUUAACAGAUGUGGUACUUAUUGCGGAAGGCCUCAGCUUCCCAUGUCACCGGUCAGUUCUUGCUGCGUUCAGCCCAUAUUUCCGGGUCAUGUUUACCUGUGGCCUGCGUGAGAGUGUAAACCGCCAGGUGGUACUGAGAGACAUGCCAGCUCAAAGCUUAGCCCUCUUACUGGAAUACAUGUACAGCUCCAAGCUUCCACUUUCCCCUGACAACGUACAGGGUAUCUCAGUCGCCGCAUUCCUCUUGCAGAUGGAUGAUGUCUUUAAGCGCUGCCAAAUCUAUAUGACGGACAACAUGGACGCCUCCAACUGCCUGGGGAUCUAUUACUAUGCACGCGAUUUGGGAGCUGAAGAAUUAGUAGACCAGGCUCAGCGUUACCUCCGGCAGCACUUCACAGAGGUGUGUAUGAGCGAGGAGGUGCUGGAGCUGGAAGCCUAUCAACUUGGGGCGUUGCUAGCUUCAGAUGACCUUAAUGUCACCCGAGAGGAAACCAUUCUUGACGUAGUGCUGCGAUGGGUGAAACAUUGCUCAGUUGGAGUGAGUCUGGGGGAGGGAAAUCGUGCCAGUCAGCUGCCAGAACUCUUACAGAAGGUACGCCUUCCACUGGUGAGUGUCAGCUACCUGAAGGAGACACUGCGCCGCAACACAGCACUGCUGGCUGAUGCAGAAUGUCUACAGAUGAUGGAGGAUGCAAUUGAAGCGGCAGGUCUGCAUCCAGAGGCUCCAGCCCGACGGCUGAAGCUACGUUAUGGCAUGGAAACGACCGAUCUACUGCUAUGCAUUGGCAAUGAUAACGGAGGAAUACGCUCACGCUAUGGAAGCUAUUCAGACCGCAGCUUCUGUUACGCUCCCACAACUGGGCGCACAUUUUUCAUCACUUCCCCUCGAUACGGUGAUGCCCUUGGAUAUGUAUGCGCUGGGGUUGUCACGGAACGCAAUGACAUUGUUGUUGCUGGAGAGUUAGGGCCACGAAGGUUGGCAAGACAAAAGGAGAAGAAUGUGGAGAUUUUCAAAUAUAAUGAGGAAGCUCAGGGUAGCUGGAAGCACCUGAGCUCAGCAGAAUACCGUGACUCAUAUGCCCUGAGUUCCCUGGGUGAUAACCUGUACCUAAUAGGGGGUCAGAUGAUGCUGAAGAAUCAGUACCUCAUCACCAACAGUGUUGCACGCUGGUCUUUACAGGGCGGCCCUUGGCGCAGUGCCGCCCCUUUACCAAUGCCCUUGGCGCAUCACAGUGUUGUCCGGAUGAAAAACUGCCUUUAUGUGCUUGGAGGAAGGACACCACAGACAUAUCAUGCGGAUGAGGAGCCUGACCGUAUGAGUAACCGCCUGCUUGUGUAUGACCCAGAGAACAACAAGUGGAAUGAGCUCUGUCCUAUGAAAUAUUCCAAAUAUCGCUGCAGUGCAGUGGCCCUCAAUGGGGAGAUUUAUGUUAUAGGUGGUAUUGGAUGUGAGGGUGUAGAUCGUGGACAGUCACGCCGCUGUCUUGAUGCAGUAGAAAUCUACAACCCUGAUGGCGAUUUCUGGAGGGAUGGUCCUCCCUUACCCUGGCCACUUUUGUCACUGCGAAGCAAUGCACCAAAUGCUGGGGUGGUGGAUGGAAAACUAUACGCUUGUGGAUACUAUAAAGGAGCAGACCGCCAUGACAUCAUCACCAAGGAUAUCCUGCAGUUGGAUCCAUGGGAGAAUGUGUGGACUGUGGUGGUUAAACAGGCUGUGAUGCACGACAGUUAUGACGUGUGUCUGGUGGCGAACCUUAACCCGCGAAGACUCAUACCCCCUCCAGCUGACUUGGUGGAUGAAUAA